AUGAGCACUUCGGCGCUGGACUUGCUGGCCGACACCAGCAUUCAGCGGUUCCGCUGGGACGAUGAGCACCAAGUUCCUCCGGAAUCGACGCACCCGUUUGCAAAACUCACUGCAAGCACGAUUGCCACGGCACCGCGAGGCUUGAACGAAGCACAGCGCGGAUCGGCAGGCAGCGAGGCCGCCCACGCCACUUUCAACGCCUGCGCUCGCGUCUUUGAGUCGCCGAUGCCGCCUGUCUUCUCGUCAUUCUCGUUCUGUUGGACGCUGAAAGACUUUCGUCUCUUCCCACAGAGUUCACUCGUAUCAUCGGCUGCCCACAAGUGUGCGUCUCGAGUGAGCUGGGCGCUACUUGCCACUCCUUGCGGGUCGUACAACUACCACGACGACCUAAAGUACAUGUGGCGCAACAACUUUAGCGUUUCUCUACGCACUCCAACGAGCGAAAUGGUCAACUGCGCGGUGCAGUACGAAUGGCGCAUGACGCUGAUAGAUCACCACAACGAGGACAUGAGCCUGUGGCGCUACGGUCAGUCCGAAACGCGAUUCGUUCGCUCGCCUGCUGGAGGGGAAAUCACUGGCGUGCAGGUCUCUCCACCCGAGCUGAGCCUGAGCCUGGCAGAGCUUCACGCCCCGUUCAGCAACUUCCUGACUCGAAACUGCCUUCGAGUGCGCUGCAGGGUGACUGUGAAGAACAUUCGACCUCUGACCGAGCUCGAGCGUGUCAUUUCGGAGGAGGCGUCGAGCCAUGUUGAUGCCUACUACAAUGCGUUUGUGAAGGCACAGCAGAAACCAACGCCAUCAGCAGAAGCCAUGCCAAACCCUGCUGCUAAUGCGCCCGAAUUACCUGCCAACAACGACACGCCUUCUGCGAUGGCACCGGCAACAGCAGCCACCGUGAAGGAGGUUGCCGAAUUCGCCCGGCCUGCAGCCUUCGUUUGUGAGACUCCUCCGGCAGGCGUGCCAGAAUCCCGAACAGCAGAUUUGUCUGCACCGGAUGCUGCUGCGCUGGCGGCCCCAGCUGCCUCUACCGAACAGAGCGAGGUGCCCAAAGCUUCAAGUGACUUGGCGCUCCGCCCUGAUGGAGUUCGCGUUCAGCGUCAGCGAAGCGAUGAGCCUGCCUCCGAAUCCAAUUCGCCAUCAGAGGUCGCGGCGGCAGAGAACGAGAACGACGGCUUCACUACAGUCACGCAUCGCAAAGCCAAGCGCUCUCGCGUCGAUCACAACUUUGGCGGCAGGCAGCUUCUUUUGGGCGACGUUGUGGCAGUGGCCGCCUCAUCAACGCGAACUCGAGGCAAACCAGCGAUCCGAUCAUCUGUCCGCAUUGGCGUGAUUGUGGCCCUUCCAGAAGGCAAGACGUGCGAUCCCUUGGUUCGAUGGAUGACAUUGAAAGUACCCAUCAGCGACAGUCUUGCCAUUGGAGAAGGCUACGGUGUGUAUGUGCUGACAAACAGCAUGAGCUACCCUCCCAUCAGCAGCCUGCACACCAAGCCGGUCAGAGUCCGCGUCGUUCGCCAGAAUCAAUCGGACCCUGCCUCGCCGCUGCAAUUUGUGCUCCUCGAGAACCUCAGCGAGAUGUGUGGCGUUCACCAUCAUUCUUCUCCAAAGACACGUCAGUCACAUAAAUAG